AUGAUUGGACUGCAUACGGACUGCGCAGUUAUGAACACAUUAUUACGGCAAAACGACGUCGAGUUACACUCCCAUCUCAACGAGCUAGGACUGAACAUGGAGAUCCUCUGCACAAAGUGGCUUGUGACGUGCUUUCUCACGUCUCUUCCGACUUUUUGUGGCCUCAAGGUGAUCGACAUGCUACUAGCUCGCUCAAAGGAGAAGCAGCGUGCGUCGCGUGUACUACUUGGAGUGGGGAUCUCGAUUUUCUUCACUUUACGUGAAACGCUGUUAGAUGCGAAGGACGCCGGAGAGGUGCUGCUGGCGAUCAACGAGUACUUCGCGCGGGAGAUGACCAAGACGACGGUGGAGAUGGACAAAUUCCUUCACUUCUGUCUGAUCAUCACGGACCAAUUGGAGCCUGACAUUGUGGAGGAGUUCCGGCUAGUCCACAAGGACGAAGUGAUGGAGCGGUUUGCUGCGUUUGAAGCCAAGAAGAUCGAGAUGCGACAGCAGCUUGAAGAAGCAAAAGCCAAGCAGCGGAAAGUGGCGAGUGCGCCGCCGUCACCUUCGAAGACGGAGCGCUUAUCUACUCUCUCAGCGUCAGGGAUCGCGUCGGGCAAGUCUAAUGGCAACAACCGGAUAUCUGGGCUGUCUUCGUAUAUUAGCAACCCUCUGCGCAGCAGUGGAGGCAGCAAAACUACCGGUGCAGGAGACGACAAGGAAAGCCAUAAACGCUACCAACGUGUCGACGUCCUGCAAGCUCACCACAGCUUCAGCGAGGAUUUAGAGAAGAUGGAAGACCAGCUGGAAGACCUGGCAGAUUUAUUUGUCCGCGGCAAGAUCGACGAGAAGGAGCACUCGUGUAUUCGGGCGCAGAUUGUUCGGAAGUGGUGCAAAGGUAUGAAUUCACCGCAGUCUGCAAUGGUUCGAGUCCAGUGUGUGAAGCACACGUACUGCGAACGCAGUGGUGGCGACGGAUGUACGAACUCUGCGCCAGGAUUACUAGAAGGACCGGUGCGAAAUAGCUUCACUGGCGAAGCAGAGGGAGCUCAUCGAGGGAGGAAAGGGUCUAUCUCGCUGUACGGGCGCAUGAAGAAGGCCCAGAAAAGUGCGCUCGCCAUAUUUAAAUCCACUUUUGAAUGA